AUAUAGCCAACAGCCCCGGGGGGCAUGUAACAACUGCGCAUCUCACUGACCUGCCGCAGGAAGCACCAUGGAUGACGUAAAACAGAUUAUUAAGAACCUGGAGCAGCGUUACCGAAUAUUCCAGCAGCAGCAAGUCACAUUUAUCACAGCUCUGGAACGUACACGUGAGAAUGCCCACGACAGGAUAAAGCCUGUAUUUACCCUGGCACAGGUCCGCAGCUAUAUGGACAAUUACUGUAACAACAGCACAGAUCAGCGGAUCAUUUCCAUGUUCCUGGAGCUCUGUGGGGAUCUGACGGAUUUUUGUGUAAAGUUGGACGGGAUGCAGACAGAGACGGUAUCGGCUGGCGGAUUUUUAGAGACGGCUAUGAACCUUCUGAGCCCAACAAAUGAUUUGUCCUUGUUGAGAGCCAAAUACCCUCACGACGUUGUGAACCACCUGAGUUGCGUUGAAGCUAAGAACUACUAUGGUGGAAUUGUGAGUGUGCUCCCACUUGCCUUGGACAACAUUCAAGAGGCUGUGCACAAGAUGGAGAAACCACAACCACAUAUGCAUUACCUGGGCAGCGGUAGUAUUCCUGAGGCCGGCCAGUCGGGAGGUGGUAAGGCAGGACACUGCAGCACUACAGGGUCUCAGACCGUCCUCAGUCAGAACAGUUCCUCCCUCCAGCUCAAAAACAGAGAGGCGAAGAAGAAAGAUUCAAUAGAGUCCUCAAGGCCAGCCUGGAGACCUACAGGUCGAAUGUACACCUCCUAAAGUAGCGUAGUGUUACUAAUCUCCUCCUGUCUGCUAUAUAUACACAACCUCUAAUCUGUGACAUAAUCUGUGUUACCUUCACCUUACAUUCGCUUUUGAUCAUGAUGCGUGUGAAAUAAUACCUGUGUAAUCGGUGCUGUAUCUCUUUAGGUUUUCCUUGCUAGUAAACUGUACAUGGCUGCAAAAUGAAACAGUGAAUAACAA